GAGGGUAGUCAGCCAGCCUCAGAACCGGAUGACAGGCCUUCCGUUGGCCUUUCUGUCGAGGAUGGUUGCGCCUUGACCUGACCAAUUGCAGCCGAGGAUCUCUGGGUGUCUUGGUCUCCAGUACUCUCCAGAGCGUUCUCCAUCUCUCUCUCUCUCUCUCUUUUGUUUGCUCGACAUUGGUUUCUUUUGCUUUGGCGAAUUCCUUUCCUUUGCCCUCAUCACUCUUUCUUCAUUUCAAGACGCUCCGCAAUGAAGAUGGGGUUCCCUUCCCAAUACUUGCUUUUUUCUUUGGUUGCGGUUCCUUCACUUUCUCGAUUUGCAACUCCAGGUUUUCAGCUCCUCGUGGGGAUCCAAUCGAUGCAUGUUGCACGGGGUUGCAGUUGCAUCCCUCUUCUCUGCAGGGACUCCAAGCCAGCCCCAAGCUUGUCAAGUCAACAUCAAGGAUCUGGCAUUAUUUGCCCUGGUGGUCGUUACGGAUGUGAACGAUGUAGAGGCUACACGUCACAUAUCUCUCGCUCGGGACGUGCAUGCACGCAAGCUCAGGCAGGGGGUGACGCACCCGCGAGUCCGACACCCAGUAAAAGAUCGGUAGUGGCAACACAGGCACUCACGAGCUGGUCAGCGUCAAUCUACCAGUACGUACAGUGUUGACAAUGUACGGAGAGAGUCAUCGUUCUCGUGCUCGCGGCCCGUAUUUGCCUGACUCGAGUGACACUACAGUAACCAGUACAGAUCCCAGCGCGUGUG